CAGCGUGGGGUUUCGGGAGCGAUCGCACUGGGGGGGAGAAAAAAAGAGAAAGUAAUGGUAAAAGAAAGAAAAGUGUUAUGGUGGAUACGAUCUGAGCGCGGUCACUUUGAGUUUAAUAAUCGGACCGCACGGAUAUGCCGGCAGUGGAGCGCAUCCGAUAAGAAAUCGGGAGGAUCUUGCAGCAAGAGGAGAUGAUAGAGGCGUGUGUGCUGUGAAGUUAGAGCUCGGAAGGUGUCUCAUCUGCGUGUGCAUACAGCCGCCUGGAAGGCAGCGUUUUUUGGAAAAAGACUAUUUUUCUUUUUGAUUUCUAACUUUGUCCUUAGAGAAACUUUGCAUAGUGCAGAAAGGGAGCAAAAUUCCAAUAAGUGCAUUUGUAAACACUGGACAAAGUUUUUUCUUUUCCGAAAGUUCUUCUUUUUUUCCAGAUAUAAUUGUGCUGCAACACAUGUUCAUUGCGUGUUAAAAGAAAACGCGCAACUAGACAAGAGGUGGAAAGUUGUAAAGAAGUUUCUACUCUUCUGUUUCUCAUGCACAAGAAAAAAAGUUUUGCUGUGAACAAGUUUGUUCAUUUUAAGAAGCAUUUUUUUUUUUUUGUCUUUUAAUAAGCGUGAAAGGACAAGACAAGACAGUCCUUGUCGGAUCGACACGUUCGUCUUGUGGACAGUCUGACACCCCCUAUCCCGACCUUUUAAGGAAAACUUUAACUGCUCGGUAACCCGGGUCGGGUCCGGUCCGAUACGGUACGGCGGGCCGUCGCUCAGGCGGGACGAGCCGCUGCCGAUAACCGCAGCUCACCUUGAGUUAACGAGGCCGUGACCAAAAAAAAGAAAACUUGUAAAAGCCGCUCCAUGGCCUCACCAUGCGAACACCCGAAGUAACAAUAAGGGGCUUUGUUAAAAGGGCGACGGAGUAAAGAAGCGUUGUUGGGAAAUAAGGAGUAAAUCAGAGCCGUCCGAUCGCGCUAAUAAAGCUGGAUACAAAAUGGCGGCGCGGCGGGGACUGAUGGGACCGCUGUCUUACUGUGUCUUUUAUUUGAUUUUGCCCCUCGAGCUGUGCGCGGGGCGCGCGCCGGCGUCCGGGGCGAGCUGUGCCGCGAACUGCUCGUGCAGCGCGAGCUCUGUGGUGGACUGCAGCGGCGCGGGGCUCACCGACAUCCCGCGGGACCUGCCGGCGCACACCGUCAGCCUAAACCUGAGCCACAACAAGCUGAGGACAGUCGAUGCCUCUGCUCUUGCCACACUCCCCAAUCUGCGUGAGCUACGUUUAGGCUACAAUGAGUUGACAUCAGUUCCAUCGUUAGGAGCAGCAUCUCCAAACAUUGCCUCUCUAUACCUACACCACAACAAGAUCCAGAGCAUUGAGUUCAAGCAGCUAAAGGACCUAAGCUCUCUGGAGACGCUCGACCUGAGUAACAAUGAGAUCUCGGAAGUGCGGGUCAGCUGCUUCCCAGCAGGCCUUCGAAUUAAAGAUUUGUACCUGGCCAGUAACAAGAUCAGCUACCUAGAAAUGGGCGCGUUCAACAACCUUUCAUCCAGCUUGCAAAUUCUGCGUCUUAGCAGGAACCGGCUCACCCACCUCCCAGUGAAGGCAUUUCAGCUGCCCCGACUAACACAGCUGGAGUUGAACAGGAACCGUCUGCGGCUCAUCGAGGGCCUGACCUUCCAGGGUCUAGGCACCCUGGAAGUGCUGAAACUCCAGAGGAACAACAUCAGCAAGCUGACUGACGGGGCCUUCUGGGGCUUGGCCAAAAUGAAAGCCCUGCACCUGGACUACAACAGCCUGACAGAGGUGAACAGCGGUUCUCUCUACGGCCUUUCCUCGCUGCUUCAGCUCUUCCUCAGCAACAACUCCAUCUCCCAUAUCAAGCCAGACGGCUGGAGGUUCUGCCCAGGCCUCCGCGAGCUGAAUUUGUCCUACAACAACCUGACAAGGUUGGAGGAGGGAAGCCUGGCUGUUCUGGGGGACCUGCAGACUCUUCGGCUGGGACACAACUCCAUCAAUCACAUUGUGGAAGGGGCCUUCCGGGGCUUGAGGGGCCUGCGGCUGUUGGAGUUGGACCACAAUGACAUCUCAGGCACAAUAGAGGACACCAAUGGGGCCUUCGCUGGAUUGGAGAGUCUCAACAAGCUAACUCUGUUUGGAAACAAGAUCAAAUCGGUGGCCAAGAAAGCGUUCUCAGGCCUGGAGGCCCUGGAGCACCUCAACCUGGGUGAGAAUGCCAUCCGUUCCAUCCAAAUUGAGGCUUUUGUGAAGAUGAAGAGCCUUCGAGAUUUGCGGAUCCAGAGUGACAGUUUCCUGUGCGACUGCCAGCUGCGCUGGUUCCCAGAGUGGCUUGUGGCCCGGGGACUGCAGUCAGGUGUCGAGGCUGCCUGCGCCCACCCGGAGGCCUUGAAGGGUACCAGCAUCUUCCAGGCCCAGCCGGAGAACUUCGUGUGCGACGACCUCCCCAAGCCCCAGAUCACAGUCCAACCGGAGACGACAGUGGCUGUGCUGGGCAAGGAUGUGCGGCUCUCCUGCACAGCAGCCAGCAGCAGCAGCUCACCCAUGACUUUCGCCUGGCGCAAGGACCAGGAGCUGCUUCGUGAGGCAGAGGUGGAGAACUUUGCCCACGUGCGCGCCCGUGAUGGCGAUGUCAUGGAGUACACCACUAUCCUGCACCUGCGCCACGUCACCUUCGCCCACGAGGGCCGCUACCAGUGCAUCAUCACCAACCACUUUGGCUCAUCCUACUCCAGCAAGGCCCGCCUCACCGUGCAUGUGCUGCCAUGGUUUGUGAAGACUCCUCGGGACAUCACUGUGCGCACUGGAACCCCAGCUCGGCUGGAGUGUGCCGCAAAGGGGCACCCAGCCCCCGAGAUCGCCUGGCAGAAGGAUGGUGGGACUGACUUUCCAGCAGCACGUGAACGGCGGAUGCAUGUGAUGCCUGAUGACGACGUGUUCUUUAUCAUGGGUGUGAAGCCUGAGGACAUGGGCGUGUAUAGCUGUACUGCGCAGAACACUGCUGGCACCGCAACGGCCAAUGCCACGCUCACCGUGCUGGAGACACCCCACCUGGCACAGGAGUUGGAGGACCGCAGUGUGGCUGUGGGUGAGACUGUAGCGCUGCAGUGUAAGGCCCUGGGCAGCCCGCCACCCCGCGUCACCUGGCUCAAAGAGGAGGAACCCCUGCGGCUCACCGAGCGCCACCAUUUCACCCCUGGCAACCAGCUACUGGUGAUCCGAGCGGCCGAGCCCGAGGAUGCCGGCCGCUACACCUGCGUCAUGUCCAACACGCUGGGCACAGAGCGCGCCCACAGCCAGCUGACAGUGCGCCACUCAGCUCCCUGCAGCACCCACGGCAGCCGGGCAGACAGUGCCGUAGCCGUGGGCGUGAUAGUCAUUGCUGUAGUGACCAGCAUCGUUGUGACCUCCCUUGUGUGGGUCUGCAUUAUCUACCAGACACGUAAGAAGAGCGAGGAGUGUAGCGUCACCAACACAGACGAGACCAUUGUGCCUCCUGAUGUCCCCAGCUACCUGUCCUCCCAGGGGACUUUGUCCGACCGGCAGGACGUGUGCAUCCGGGUGGAGUCAAACAACAGGUCCCACCCCAAUGGACACGUGGCUUUCGAUGGCACUGUGGUCUGCACGGACUUGCUGGACAAUAUCAGUAGUUACACCAAAGACUCAAACUACAUCCCUCAAGGUUUACAGCCCACGGACAUAGAUUACCUGGAGAAACACCGCGAACAAGAGUACAGCCAACUGCAAGCAGAGGAAAUAGAGCGCUGCAAUGGGAGCCCUGGAGUGAAGAGCGAAGUUCAGACUCUCAUGUUUCCUAGCAACCAUGACAGGAUGGCGUUGCCCAAAAAGCAGCCUGACAGCAAAGGUUCCUCUCUGAAGAACGCAGGGCCAUCAGCACCCCUCACCACCCGCUCUGUUCCGCCUACAGAAGAGACCUUUCACAAGCCGGUCAGACUGGCACGAGGUCCUCCACACUUACGGGACACUGCUUUGGACACCAGACAGGCCCUACUAUCCAAUGGACACCCUCCGAGGUCAUGUGACUUCCUUGAGAGUGACUGAAUGGCCUGGUGCCAACACUGCUGCUGCUUUUUGCACUGAGAACUGCUACCUCAACUGGGAGGCCUACCUUGCUCUUCAGAGCAGAGGGGAAGGGGCCUGCAGUGAGAGGGCAGAGCUUGUGAGCGCUGCAGCCUGCCCACCAGCAAAGGGCGGAGCUUGCGUGGGUCACGGCCCACCUGAGCGUUUCAGCUGUACAUACUUUUAACAUCUUCCUGUGGGAAGUGCCCUAUGUGGUUCAAACUGUCUUGCAUUCAACACAUGCAAACACAGGGAACCGUGUACAGGGAAGGCGAGAGGUGCUGUGAGCUCUCACUGUAUAUAAGAGUUUUCAUAUAUGUGACUUUAAAUGAGAGACCAGAGUUUCUUCACUGCAUGAGAGAAAAAGAUGUGAUGGUAGUGCUUUUGCAACCAGGCCUCUCCAGGUUUUUGAGUGUCUCAACUACAGUGCCUUAUUGCAUGAACAAAGGAAGCGCCAACUCGGCCCCUCACCCCAUCGCUGCGCCACACUAAGCUGUACGAUGUACCGGUACCCUUUCCUCUUACGAUGUAACCAUUAAUUGCACUUGAGGCCAUGACAGAAACACACAGCACUCUCCGCCUGGCCUUAAAUCAUUACUCUUUUUUUGCCUUUCUAAUGAAGCGCUUUGAUGUUACUUACUCCCGUAUGUUUAGUGGUACAAGAUAAAUGUCCUGAGCCCUUUUCUACAAGAUGCUCAGCACAGACAUUAACAAGUGUACUGUAAUAGGAACCCUGAAUUCUGUCUGUCUUAAAUGUUGGCAUGCAGACUUUAGCUGCCAUAAUCCAAAAUGAAAGCCUUUCCAGUUCUUUGUGUGUCGGCGGCCAGAAUGCUGCUUCUGUGACCUUCCGUUACCCCAAACUUUACUCAUCAGUUCUUCGGUUUGGCUAUAAAUGGUCAGAGGCUGCUGGAGCCAGUGUGUAGACUGUGAGCAGAGAGCACCCUUUACAGCAUCAUACAGAGUGGGGGGGAAAAAAAAAAUGAUAGAAACGGCAAUAAGGAAAUAAGACUCCAAUGAGCCAUGGGUGGUGGUAUUAAUAGUGCUAACAGGGCUGCUUUCACUUAUAAGGAAAGAUGAGUAUUAUGGUGUUUUUUCCAGAACCCUUAAUUUCAAAUUAAAACAGUAAAUCUGGUUCCCGAGAUGGUCAAACGCUACAUGGGAGGUCUUCAUUGUGCAUACUGUUCCAUGAUGUCCUCUGGAGGGUCAGGUGAAGGUGCUUCUUUAUCUGUACAAAUCUAUUUAUUACAGUGGAUGUCAAGUGUUGCACCAGUGACAAUGUUUUAAAAAAAAAAACCUGAAGUGUCUAUUAAAGUCACUUUUAUUAUGCUACAUGGGACUUUCUCAGACUUGUGUAUAAAACAGGAUUUUUUUUCUCUCUCCAUUCCAGGGUCAUUUAUUGUAGUGUCUCAAAAUUCCUCCGUCAACACACGUUUGGUUUGUCCACCAUAAGAACACCCUCAAAUGCUGAAA